ACGCGGACUACUCUCCCCUUCUGAGUGGAUUUCAUCUUCAUUUGGGACAAGAAGGAAUAAAAAGACAACUCUGUAGAAUCCGGAUAAAAUCACGUCACUCCUUCUGAAUGGACUGUCUCGGAUUGAAACAACUGGUGGUGUUUUUUGACGUGAAAGGAAAAAGUUCUCGGUCUUAAUAUGAUUUUGAUGUUUGUUUAAAAACGUCUCUAGCUUGGGAUUUCGAGUGAGAAUGGCCGCCGCUCCCCUCCCGAGGAAGGUGCAGCAGGUGCUGAGCGUCCUGCUGCUGUGUGCUCUCCAGCUCUGCAGCGCGCAGACACAAGGAGUGGUCGUCUGCUCUGGCACCCAGAAUCUUCUGAGCACACCACGAAGCUCAGAGAUCCAGUACAACCAGAUGAAGGAUCGCUACAGUGGCUGUGAGAUUGUGAUGGGAAAUCUUGAGAUAAUCUCAAUGGAGCACACCAGAGACCUGUCCUUCUUACAGUCUAUCAGGGAGGUGACCGGCUACGUCCUGAUCGGCCUCAAUGAGUUCAGCCGCCUUCCUCUGGACCACCUGCGGGUCAUCAGGGGCACCACACUAUAUGAAAACAAGUAUGCUCUGGCUGUCAUGAUCAACUACCUAAAGGAUGGGCAGCACGGCCUGCAGGAACUGGGCCUGACACACCUUACAGAGAUUCUGGAAGGAGGGGUCAUGAUCAUUCAGAACAAGUACCUGAGCUACGCCCCACAGGUGAACUGGAAGGACAUAGUGAAGGAUGGGACAGCUGAUAUUAUGAUUGAUAAGUCCAACGGUCCUGAGAAGCCUUGUCAUGAAGCAUGUGGAGAUGUUCCAUGUUGGGGACCGGGAAAUGACAUGUGCCAGAUCUUGACGAAGACCGUGUGCGCCCCUCAGUGUAAUGGCCGAUGCUUUGGUAGAAACCCAACUGAGUGCUGUCACAUCGAAUGUGCUGGAGGCUGCACUGGACCGCUGGAUACAGAUUGCUUUGCCUGUAGAAACUUCAACAACUCGGGUUCCUGCAUGCCUCUGUGUCCUCAGACCCUCAUCUACAACAAGCACACGUUCAAACUAGAGCCCAACCCCAAUGCCAAGUACCAGUACGGCUCCAUCUGUGUUGCCCAGUGUCCCACAAACUUUGUUGUGGACGGGAGCUCAUGUGUGAGCAACUGUCCCUCUGACAAAAUGGAGGUGGAGAAAAAUGGAGUGAAAAGAUGUGAACCAUGUGGAGGCCUCUGCCCAAAAGUGUGUCACGGCACAGGAAGUCCUAACAGACAGACGGUGGACGCUCUAAACAUCGACAGUUUCAUAAACUGCACCAAGAUCAUGGGUAGUCUGCACUUCCUGGUGACUGGGAUUAAAGGUGAUGAUUUCAAGGCUGUACCAGCCCUCGAUCCAGAGAAACUGAAAAUCUUCAACACUGUGAGGGAGAUUACAGAUAUCCUCAGUAUUCAGUCAUGGCCAGAAAACAUGUCUGACCUGUCUGUCUUCUCAAACCUCCAAACAAUUCAGGGCAGAUCUCUUUUCAAAGGCUACUCCCUCCUGGUGAUGAAGAUCCCCUCCCUGACCUCACUGCGGUUGCGCUCCUUGAAAAAAAUAAACGCCGGCGGUGUUUAUAUCACAGGAAACAAAAAGCUCUGCUACCAUGACGCUGUCAACUGGACACGGAUCCUGAGCAGCAGCUCCCGUCCUCAACGACGCCUGAAGCACAUCGACAUCAAGGACAACAGGCCAAGAUCUCAGUGUGUUGAGGAAGGCCAUGUAUGUGACCCCCUGUGCUCCUCUGAUGGCUGCUGGGGUCCCGGUCCAAACCAGUGUGUGUCCUGUAAGAAGUACAGCAGGGGAGGAAAGUGUGUGCCAGACUGCAUGUUCUUAACCGGGAAGAGGCGGGAAUUUGCUUCUCGGUCAGGGGAAUGUAAACCCUGCCACCCUGAGUGUAAGGUCCAAGAGGGGAAGCAGACCUGCACAGGCCCAGGUGCGGAUCAGUGUGUGGCAUGUGCAAGACUGCAGGAUGGGCCACACUGUGUCCCCUCCUGUCCCGAGGGUGUCAUGGGAGGAGAGGAAGUCAUCUUUAAGUACCCCAACAAGCAAGGUCACUGCAAACCAUGCCACAUCAAUUGUACCCAAGGGUGCACCGGCCCAGGAAACAGAGACUGUGUUGGGGCAACCCCCUUACUUACAGGACAAAUGACCACAGCCAUUGUACUUGGAGUGAUUGCCCUACUCUUUGCUUCAUUCUCCAUUUUCAUUCUGACCAUUCUGUACCGCCGUGGUCUUGCCAUUCGUCGCAAGCGAGCCAUGAGGAGAUACAUGGAGAGUGGGGAGAGUUUUGAGCCUCUUGAACCUGGAGAGAAGGGAGCUAAAGUCCAUGUUCGGAUCCUGAAACCCACAGAGCUGCGCAAGAUCAAACUGCUGGGUAAUGGAGUAUUCGGACAAGUCCAUAAGGGCAUUUGGAUCCCUGAGGGGGAUACGGUUAAGCUUCCUGUGGCCAUAAAGACUAUUCAGGAACGCACUGGACGACAGACCUUCCAUGAGCUGACAGAUCACAUGAUGAUGAUAGGAAGCUUAGACCAUGUGAACGUGGUCAGGAUUCUGGGUAUCUGUCCUGGUGCUAGCCUUCAGCUCGUCACACAGCUCAGCAGUCAAGGCUCCCUGCUGGAGCACGUCAAGAACUGCAAGAACAAACUAAGCCCACAGAGGCUCCUCAACUGGUGUGUUCAAAUUGCAAAGGGUAUGUACUACUUGGAGGAAAACAGGGUUGUCCACAGGAACCUGGCUGCCAGAAAUGUUCUCUUGAAGAAUAACUACACCGCACAGAUCUCAGACUAUGGCAUCGCAGACCUACUUUACCCUGAUGACAAGAAGUACUUUUACAACGAGAUCAAGGCACCAAUAAAGUGGAUGGCAUUAGAGAGCAUAUUGUUUCGGAGAUACACACAUCAGAGCGAUGUCUGGAGUUAUGGUGUGACUGUUUGGGAGAUGAUGUCCUAUGGAGUAGAACCAUAUUCUAACAUGCGACCAGCAGAAGUUCCUGAUCUGCUAGAAAAGGGCGAGCGACUGUCCCAACCUCAAAUAUGUACGAUUGAUGUCUACAUGGUCAUGGUCAAAUGUUGGAUGAUUGAUGAGAAUGUCCGUCCAACGUUCAAAGAGCUCGCAAAUGAAUUUACAAGAAUGGCCAGGGAUCCACCUCGAUACUUGGUGAUCAAGGAGGACUGCUGCCAACAAGACUCACCCCCAGAUGAACUUGCCCAGCGGAGUGCAGACCUCGAUGACUUGGAUGAUGUAGACAUGGAGCUCGUGGACCAAGAGGGGGAUGUAGUUGACGGCUUGACUCCAGCCCCCCAUUAUUUGUCUCAGUCCAGGAGCCUCAGUCGUCUCUCAAAGAUGGACACUCCCAGAGUGGUUAUUACAUCAUCAAAUGUUGCUGGAUACCUACCUAUGACUUCAGGCAUUGACAACCAAGGGCAGGCCAUGUGGCAGUCCCGUUCUCGACUGAACUCAGCACGAACUAUGUCUGAAAGCUCGGAGGGCUGCGGCACAGCGGUGGAGAUGGAGAUGAAUGAAGACUUUUCUCUGUCAGGGAGUCUCAAAAGACGUCGUCACCGUGAGGACAGUGCUUACGUGUCGCAGAGGGACAGCUUGUCUGGUGGACCACCAGAGACUCCAUCACCAGAGAUGGAGGAAGAGGACCAGAAUGGAUAUGUUCUUCCUGGAGACAGUCCAGAAAGAGAUACCCUACUUCUUCCAUCUAGAGUACCUAAUGGCAGGAUGGGAAAAUCUCAUUCCUCAGGCCUCUUGGAUGACCCGGAUGAUGAAGAAUACGAGUACAUGAACAAGCAGACGUGGGUAACACCUGUCUCUCCAAGGCACCGCAGCCACUUGACAAGGCCGAACAACAAACGCACCUCUUCCUUUUCAUCAGGAGUCACAGCAUGUUCAGGGGAUACUAUACCAUCUGUGGAGGCCAGGGGAGGUCAUUCAGGGAGCAAUCAAAGCUCAGAUUCGGAGCAGCAGGGAUUGAAUGAAGUUGAAUAUGAGUACAUGGACAUCAGAGGUAAUGAUAAGGAUGAAAGCCCUCCAGCGCAUGACCCUCCCCCUCCUCCCUUAACACCAGCCAGGACUGCCAGAAGAACAGAGGAGGAGUACAGAAAGGAGAAUGAAUAUGUGGAGGACAGUAACUAUCAUUACAUGAACAGGCAACCGAAGCUGCGACAAGCUCUUCAAGACAGGGAGGAGAUUCAGAUGCAGGAUAGGGAAGACGGUGAGGCAUACGAGUAUGAGGACAUGGACUGCUUUGCUGCCCUGCGGCCUGGAAAUGCAGUGGUGUAUCAGAAUAUGCAGAGGGAUGCAGAGGGAGCAGAAACAGAGCCACAUCGAUUAGGGUUUGAACCCUAUGUAAAAGUACGAGCUGGAGUUGGGGUGGGGGAACCAGGGACUGGGGACAAAUCCUUCGACAACCCAGACUACUGGCACAGCAGGAUGUUUCUGAAGCCAAAAGCAGUGCCUACAUGAAGAGCAAUUUUAAUCUCAAACACUCCCCUUUGGGAUGUAUUCAUGAAGGACCUGGAACGAGAAAUUAAAUCAAAAGCCAUGUUUAAAUCAAGGCUAAGACACAAUUUCAAAAACCAAGCUGACUGUAUGCAUUAUCACAGAUUUAUCAUCUUUACAUGCUGGCAUUAUGGUUUUGCGGGCAUUUCUGAAAUAGUAGCACUGACUGUUGAAAAACAUUCAUACAAACAGAUAACAAGCUAGUUUCUCCUGUUUACAUUUUGAAUCGAACAAAACAUGUUUCUGAGAACAAAUGUAUUUGUUUGGAUGUUUGAACUUUUAUGUUAUGAGACCUCUUUCAAUGUUGAUACAAUUGUAUCAUCAUUUUAUGACUGUAUGAACUGUAUUUUCUACACAAUUAAAAUAUUUUA